AUGUCUCAGUCUUCCUCGGUUUCCGAAUUGCCACAGUCCCAAAUAGACGCCAUCAUUCGGACGAAACGCAAGGCGCGAGAACCAAAGGCUUGUUAUCCGUGCCAUACCAGGAAGGUGAAAUGCGAUCGUAACCUGCCUUGCGACGGCUGUGUUAAGCGUGAUCAUGCAGAUCUUUGCUCUUAUGAGCGCCCGUCCAAAAAACGACAAGCAGCUACAUCUUAUUUGGGGCACCUGAUGAACGAUGAACCAUCGGAUAGUAAUAUUCCCACGACAAUCGAAACCAUAGGCGUGCCCAUCAGACCAGAGCCUUCAGAAACAGUUCCCGCAGAACGUGAUUUGGGUGGACGCAUUUCGGUACCUCGAGAGCACUGGGACAACGUUUGCAACAAGUUGAAGGAAAUGGAACAAGCAAUAACCAGCUUGAGAAGCGGGCUGGAACAAAUUGAUGGACGCCCCUCGACUAGCACAGCCUCAACCAGUAAUCGAAACGCUGAUGCGGAGCCUACGUCUCCUGAGGCCGAGGGUAUCCAUACCACGCAUACGUACGGCGAAGGCACUGUGCAUCUUGGAUCGCGAUCGGUAUUAGCAUACAUUCUCAAUAAAUCCGGUUCCCUUCAAGCGCAGGCACUUCUUGAAGGUGGCAUCCUCCCAAAAUUAGGCCUCGAUAACGAAACCGCUACAUACCCCUUCGUGGAUCUGUGGUCCUCGGAUACAUCAUCGUUCGAUGUGAAUGCAGUUUGCAGUGCCCUGCCAAACGAUGAUCAAAUCAAAGAAUUUUUUUACUAUUAUAGAGAUAUCGCUGGUACUCUUUAUCCAGUAUUAGUCGACGUGCCUGGGUUCGAAAAGAAUUUGCAGACAUUUUUACAGAAUAGAGCUGCAGCUGGAAGCGUUUUAAAGACAGGUGACGAUCGGGGGCUUUCCGAGCCCCCCUUUGGCAUGAAUUUGGCAUUCAUAGGGCUACUCUUUGCCGUUCUAGCAUCUGGCUGUCAAUCUUCGGAUCUUCCUGGAAAAGAGCGAGAACUUACAUCUCAGGUUUAUGUCUGCUGCUCCUACCAGUGUCUUCGCAUGUGCAAUUUCGUCUCGCAACCUACUAUCGAAGCAAUGAAAACGCUUUUGAUAAUUGGAAACGUUCUUUCAUAUAACAUGAACCCCGGCGUCUCUUAUGUGCUGCUAGGGAUGACGCUCCGUAUGGGGCUAGCUUUGGGACUUCAUGUCGAUUCCAAUCGGUUUGAGCCAUUCGAGCAGUACACGCGACAACAUAUUUGGUGGUCCAUGGCAUGGCAGGAUAGCCAUUUCUCACUCUCCUAUGACCGACCAUCUACUGUCGCGGUUAGCCAACCUGAAAUAUCUGACAGGCCCGAAUCCAAACCUGGAGAUCGUGACUACUUUGAAACGAUGUGCAGGAUCAUAUCAUUGACUCUAGAGGUUGUACGCGGGCGUAUGCUGACGCCUCAUUUUCACAUGAGUUUCAAGACAAUACAGAUAUACAAACAACGGAUUCAGAAGAUGCUCGCAGAUGCCUCUCCCCACUUGCGAGACCGUAAACACUGCCUGACGUCGAUGGAUCACCUACAAAGACUCGCACUAAAGGUACACUCAUCUUAUAUUACCUCAGAACUUUGCAGGCCAGCACUCAAAGCCGAAGCGGACAAAAACGAUCCCCUUUUACCUAUAGUGCGUCGCGACUGUGUGGAAAGCCUCAUCGGUACAGUGGAGUCUUAUAUCGAGCUUCACUCGUUUAGCACUCAUGGCUCGCGAGCCUGGAUCACCUUGCAACGCGCAAUCAGUUGUGCAUUUCUUCUUGCAGUGAUUGAUGAGGGAAAGACUGAGCCGAAAGUCAGAGACCUCUUGCACGAACUUGAAAUCAUAAUAUCUGAACGUGCCAGUGCCGAAGGAGAGUUUCAGACGACUGAAACCACUGUCGCUGCUGCAGCCCCAGGAGUUGAAAGUAUGACGUCCCCAGAAAAUGCGAACUAUAGAAUGGCCGCAGGCUAUCCGCAAAUUGACAUUAUUCAUGGGAUUACCAAAGCUCACUUGUCAUUAUCAGACUCAUAUCAAGGGCCGCAAAUGGCAUCAAUACCCGCGAAUAUUGUGAUGGACACGCAAGCGCAAUGGGCAAAGCCACUCAUACGAUCUCUUCGCGCUUUGCAGAAAAUGAACCUAGCUUUCAGCACAUACGGCGCUCAACCUGGCAGUAGCACGGGCACCUACGGACAACCAGACUCGCAGACGGCCCCGCCACAAUCGGCAUAUACACGUAAUUUGUCAGUGACUGCUUCUGCAUAUACGCCGAAUAUGGGAUCACUACCUCCCCCGACUCCUGAAAGCUCCAGUAGCGGGGAUUGGACUUAUCCCAACCUUCUAGAUCGGGCUGCAGAAUAUAUUCAUCCUCCGCUAUGGGGCUAA